AUGACCCAAUGGAAGAGUAAGCUUCAUUUACCAGAGGACACAACGUUAGAGCAGGCAGAUGCCCGAGCCCAGCUACGGCUCGGUCUUUUCUCUUAUCCUGUGCUCCAAGCCGCGGAUAUCCUUGUUCAUAGGGCAACACAUGUUCCCGUUGGCGAGGACCAGAAACAACAUCUGGAAUUCUCGCGAUAUACAGCCAACAGCUUCAACCACCUCUACGGACCAAUCUUCCCCAUCCCAGAGGCCCAUAUCUCGAGUAAUGUCCCUCAAAGAACCCACAUCCAAAAUGUCCAAAUCCCACGCGGACGAAAAAUCCCGAAUUAUCCUCACCGACUCCCCGCCGCCAUCCAAAAGAAAAUCAAGGUCGCCCUAACCGACUCCCAACCUAAUAUCACAUACGACCCCGCCCAACGACCCGGUGUCUCAAACCUAAUCGAAAUGCUGAGCCACUUCGAAGGCCAGUCCUGCCAAGAAAUUGCCGCAGAAUUCGAAGGCGCUAGCCUGCGCGCUUUGAAGGAGCACGUCGCCAGCCGAAUUAUCCAUCAUCUGACGGAUAUUCGGGAGCGGUAUGUCUCUAUUAUGGAUGAUAAGACUGGGUAUUUGGAUUCUAUUGCGCAGCAGGGCGCGGAGACGGCGCAGGCUAAUGCUGCUGUGACUAUGCGGAAGGUUCGGGAUGCGAUGGGGUUGUAA